AUGGAAGGACCUUCUAAAGAACCGAUGAAAAAGAAACAAAAAUACAGUAAAGAAAAAAAACCCAAUACAAGAAAAAGCCUGACCGGUAUUCAGAAAGCUGAAAUAUGCAACCUAAAGCAAAAAGGAGUUAGUCAAAUUAGACUAGCCGAACAGUUUGGUAUAGCCAAAGCUACAAUCUCAGGUAUUGUUCAUAAAAAAGAAAA